CUAUAAAGGAAGUAACGGUGCACAAGAAGUGCAACAAACUAACGCCAUAACGGAGAGAACAGCUGCCAGCUACAUCCAAACAUGCAGCCACCACCGAGAAAGGUAAAGGAGAGCCAGCAGAUGAAAGUGGUGUUCUCAGAGCAGCUCAACAAGCUGCAGACCAAACAGCAUCUGGACACCGAACUGCUGGAGGAGAUCAGGUCCUUCAGUAAGCAUCGCACGGCUAUAGAGAAAGAAUACGGUCAGGCUCUUCAAAGGUUAGCUGUCCAGUACCAAAAGAGAGACUGGCAGAGAGGAAAUACAGAUGUGAUCACUUCUGGGAGUGUGUUCAGCGUGUGGCGCUCUGUGGUCGAUGCUACAGCUCAGACUGCAGCAUCGAGACUUUUCGCUGCAGAAGAAUACCGUCGACUCAGUGGGCAAGUCUCCAAAAGUCUCCGCAGUGCAAAGGAUGUCCGGGCUAAGAGAGGCCUGGAACGGCUGCAGAGGGUGCAGGCUGAAGUGGUGGAUGCUCUACGGGAACUUCAAAGGGUCAAGAAGUGCUACCACGACUUCAGUCACAUUGCCAGUAUUGCACGUGAGAAAACUGCAGAUGCACAGAAAAGUGAACAUGGAAUUUUUCACUUUAAAACAGGACUCCAUAAAACGACCACAAAGCUCACUGCCAGACUCAAAGAGUGCGAUGACCGCUUGACUGAAGUUCGUAACGAGUAUCUGCUGACAUUAGCAGCAGUCAGAGCGCAUCGGCAGCACUACUACACAAACGACUUACCAUUUAUUAUGGAGCAAAUGGAUGGUGAUAUUUAUGAGGAUUUGAGAUGCCAUUUCACCCUGCUGUGUGGGACUGAGAUGGACUGCUGUCUUCAUACACACAAACAGUACAGCGGAGUGUGCGACAGUGUUGCAAAGGUGACCAGAGACAGAAAUGUUCAGCAGUUUCUCCAAGAUUCGGUAUCGUUCAGCAAAACCCCUGAAUUUACCUUCCAGCCUGCUCUGCGUGACAAGGUGUCAGUUCUGCAGGAAGUUUGUAGUUCAGAAGAAGAGGGCUGCCUGGUGAAGGAGGCCAAGAAAUGGACUGCCAAGGUGGCUAAAGACCACAAGAUCGUUGCCCACGGAGAGAGGGCUCUACAGAUGUUAGAGAGCCGACUGAAGCUCCUAUCCGGGGAGACGGCGCUCAGUGUGGAGCAGAAGAUAGCAGAGGUACAGGAGAGCGUCAGGAAAGCCAAGCUGAACAGGGCGAAGGCCGAGGCUCGCCUGGCCCUGCUGUCAGAGAGCACACCAGGAACAGAACAAUGGCUUCACGCUGCCAUGAACCAGGUGGAAGAGGAGUUGGAGAGAGAGCGACAUCUCAGCGAACAGAGGAAGUCUACUGAAGACUUUUCAGAGGAUGAGUUUGAGCUGACUGACUUUGAGGACUACGAUGAUAAUGGAGAGAUCUUCACAGAUCCAGUGUCAGCAUCUGGAGUGUGUGUUUACCCUGCAGCCUGCAGAGGUAUUUACAGCUAUCAGGCUAGCCAAUCAGAUGAGCUGUCAAUCAUGGAAGGGGAGGAGCUUCAAGUAAUCGAGGAUGGAGAUAUGGAGGACUGGCUGAAGGUGUGUAACUCGUGUGGUCAGGUGGGCUACGUCCCUGAGCGGUAUGUGCAGCUCCUGUGUCUGCCAGCAGAGGACAGCACUCCGCUGGACAGCUCAUUCAGCUCCACCUCCUCCACUGUGACUAAAGAGACACCAGGGAGUAGAGGUGUAGCCAGGGCUCUGUACUCCUACCAGGCUCAGAGCGCAGAGGAGCUUUCCUUCCAAGAGGGGGCGCUAAUACACCUGAUACGCCGUCCACGUGGAGAGGUUGAUGAUGGUUUUUGGGAGGGAGAGCUGAACGGACACGUCGGCGUCUUCCCAUCGCUGAUGGUAGAGCUUGUUCACAAUGAAGAGGAGGAUGAGGAAGAAAAAGGGGAGAUGGAGCCUCUUCCAACCCCAACCAUGCCCCCUUUCUCCCCUCCCAUCCCCACACCCUCAGCUCCUAGCUGUAAUUCAGAACUGAGCGCUGCUUCUCCGAGCAGUAUGGAGGACAAACAGCAGGCUGCUCUAAUGGAGGGAUCAAAGCUGGCAGGCAACAGACCGGAGGCCGGAACCAGCAGCCACAGCUCUCCUGAGCACUCCAGCACUCCACUGAGACCAUGUCGAGCACCUCCUCCACCUCCAACACAGAAGACUUCAUCUCAGGCUUGAGACAGACUGGAGUCGUAGCUGUCUUGUUACAGCCAAAACAUUGCUGAUUUGUGCCAUUUAUGUAUCGUCAGGUGGUUUUCUUGGUCAUAUGAGGCGUCACACAAGUACAGUAGUUGCAAUCUGUGUGUGUAUCACCGCUCUGUUCAUCGUCGCUUUUGCAGGAACAACAGGUUAUCAAGAAAACAUGGCAGCUUAGAUCCAGAGCAUUGUUUUUUAGUACUUGACCUUUUAAAGACUGCCAAAGCACUGUUACAAGGAAUAUCAAAAUGCCAAUUGUAUUAAUACAACUUGUAAAAAUAAGAAAUUGCACAUGCAAUAUGACUUUGAACCACAAGAUAGUCCAGCGAGUCUGUCCUGAAUCCAAAAUGAGACAUUCCUAUAUGAGUAUUACUAAAGCUACAGCUAGAUCAACAGUCAGGAUUACAAUAUGUCCCCACUUGUUUGGGCAGCUAGAAGAGCAAAGAAGCAUUACAAAGUCAUUUAUAUGUAAAGAAUGUAAUACUUGACAUGAAACUUUUACAAAAAGUAUCUUUUUAAAGCGGCAUUGUAAAAACAACCUUAAUUGAUUGCAGUCGUGUGAAAAAGAAAGUUUUCACAGCACUCCAUACACUUCUGUGAAAGCUUAUAUAGCACUACUUUUUUAAUAGGAAUUAACAAGUUACAUGGCAGCCAACUGUUGAUAAUCAGAUGCACUUGAUUAACAUAAAGAAGAGGUUUUGGCAGUUUGCUGGUCGGGAGCAUGGAGGUGUGCAAACUCACUCCAAGUUCAGACUUUGCAAUUGUCAGAGAAUUGCAAAACACCCGAGCGCUACAUCUUACACUCUUCAGACCCCAGUAAGUAUGUUAAAUAUUAAAGUCAAAUGUGCACAAACCCCAACUAAUCGAAGCAACACUGUAAAGAAGAGCGGGCUAAAACUCCUGCACAAUGUGUGAUUCAUAAAGAAAUACAGAAAGUUGUUGUUGCUAAAGGUGGCUCUGCAGCUAUGCAACCCUUCCAAAAUGCAACCCAUCCUUCCCACAUGACUACACAAUCGCGUGUUAAACUUGGACCUCUUAAGUUUUAGUGUAGCAAUCACUAACAAACACAGUUCAGAUGUAACAUUAGGUAUUUGUUUUAUUUUCAUGAAGUCUAACAUUAGCUAGCAUACAUGCUAUUCUAAACGGCAACAGUUAAGCUAGUUAGCAUGUCGAAGGCUAACAUAUGAUCUACUUGUUUACCCUUAUAUUAUGAUAUUAUAAUAACAAGGCUAGUGUCAUAAUUAAACAAUUUGCUUUUGGAUUUUUGAAAUAUCCUCUUCUAUAUAAUUGUUUUUGUACUGUAAGUCAUUGUUGUGGAAUAAAUUAAGUUAUUAAA